AUGGCGGCGAGAGCAGAUCCGACGAUCGAGGUGAAGGUUUUCGUGGACAAGGAGAGGAGCAGGGUGAUCUUCGCGGAGUCCGGCAAGGAGUUCGUCGACGAGCUCUUCGGCUUCCUCACGCUGCCUCUCGGCACCGUCGUUCGCCUCCUCGGCAAGCAGUCGCAGGUCGGAUGCCUCGACGAGCUGUACAAGAGCGUGAAGGGACUCUCCGCCGAUUUCUUCAGAACUGAAGCCUGCAAGGCGAUGCUGCUCAAGCCCAUCAACGCUGCGGCGCAGCAAUGCUGUCGACUCAAUGUCAGAGUCGACGACGCCAAGCGCGACGGGGAGAGGCCAGAGAGCUCUGCUGCAGCUGCUGCUGGUUCCGAUGCCGGAGUUUUUGUGAAAGGAGACGCGAAGUUCAUCGUCACCGACGAUUUUGAAGUUGCACCGGCAUCGACGUCUCUCAUGUUGACCCUUUUCGACAAGUUUGACGUGCAGGAUCCCUCCUGUCUUGAGCAGAGGACUCUCCACCUUAGUUCGGACAAGAUGAUUAGCCUGCUUAAGAGAUCAUUAACGUCCAAGAACGCUUUAACUGCUCACUACUUCGAUACUGCUAUCGCGUCCGAUGAUUCCGCCAUUGAUAUUCUCACCGAGAACGUGUAUCCUGAACAAGGAAAUGAUGCCGAUCCCAACCUGAACGAUGUUAAGAUAAAGGUUCUUCAGACGACCUCCAAGAACAACUCAUCGGUGCUGUAUGCAGAAGUUGGUGCCAAUUUUGUGGACCUUCUCUUUGGCCUACUUUGCAUACCACUAGGAUCCAUCAUGAAGACAUAUGCUAAGUGCGCAUCAAAAGGAUGUGUUGACAAUCUGUACGGCAGCAUAGAUGGCAGUGCUCAGGAAUGCAUGAGAUCAGAAUGCCGGAUCUCGCUACUAUCCCCAAAGUUGGCACCGUACUUUGGUUGCAGCACUAGUAAGUUGCUUCAAGUUGAAGAACAGGAUCCAGAAAAUGCAAGAACCACAUACCAUCUUGGACGCGAUCCAAAAUCACCAAAUGGAGAACGUGACAGUGGAGAAGGGUAUGUGAAGCGGGAGCCUCGGAAAUUUAUGGUGACCGAUGAUCUGCAAGUUCUUCCGCUGUCCUUGGCAAGCACUCUGCAGGUUGUCAGUGGAGCCAAGACUCAGAGAAAGGACCUCGUGGAGAAAGAAAUCGCUCUCACAAAACCACAGGUUCUGGAGCUGCUGAAAGCUGCCUUGGUAACUCGCAAAGCUCUCACCUCUGUGUUUCUGCCUCGAGAAUAA